ACUUGGUUUGGUUUUUUGUCGGCUGUGGUUAUGGUUGUUGCAGCCGCAGCAUUUCGCAGGAUGGGUGUAGAUAUAUACACCGGAGCGUACCAGUAACGACCGGACUUUGGUAAUUGUUUGUAACAAGAAGAUCAUGAUCAUUGUCAUCAUCCAUGUCGGGUGCUCACAUCGUCUAUGAUUACUCGUUUGCAAGUUUAAACAAUGACCUUUUUUUACAAGUACUAAGAAAACUUUCCAAAGGUGACAACCUUGCCGUAUCAUCUGCUGAGAAUGGCGAUGUAGUUCGCCUCGUGCACGAUGACGACAGCUACAGCGAUGUCCUCUUUGACGAUAUCCCCAUUAAGAUAGCGGCAAGAACGGUUGUUCCAGCCGAACCUGCUGAACCGAGACCUGUCCUGCAUGCUCUCCAAGUCGUAGGGGACAACCUCGAAGAGUUGCCGGAUGAUGACCAGAUUCGCAUAGCUACCAUAAAGGAAAGUUUGCACUGCGUGGAUAGUGGCCAGAACCUGGACAUUAGGUUUCUUGCUUCCCUCACAGCCGAAAUGACGGCAGCCAUAUGGGAUGAAUUGGAGACCAACGCGGUAACUGAGAUAAAAUUGGCAGCACUCGUGAAAGCUUACCUCGCAAUAGACGUGGGCCUCAUUCAUGGUAUAGUCUUCACGAGACACGCUGUAAUGCCCAAGCUGAACACUAUGAAAGACUGUGUCGUUUCCCGUGUCCUGGCUGAUUGUCUCGCAAAAUUUGCUGCCAUAUUUCCUCAAGUUGCUAUUGAAGGCCUUGUGGUUCCUUUGGUUCGCACACAAGAUGCUGGAAAAGGGACUAAUGAACUUCUGCGGGCUCUCAUCAAAGAUGGCCUGCCGAGAGAUCAUGCAGCGCUUUGCCUGCGACAUCUUCUGCAGGAAUCUCAACUUCCGAGGGACAACCUGGUUACUUUAAUUCACACGCUAGUCACGAAAAAGGGGCCUAUGGAAAACAGUCUUCCGCAACUUCUACAGUGGAUCCUGCAGGUCGGUGAUUUGCUAAGAUCAGACACCAAGUUUGCAAAACUUGUCACGGACUUGCUGAAUUUCCACGGAGCUGAGAUGACGCGGAGCCAGCUGGAAAGUCUCUCGGGUGUCGUCCUAACAAAUGGCACGUUUCUACGACAACCGCUUCAGAAUGCCCUCAAGACAUGUUUGGCUGGUGAAAAAAAAUAGGAUGGAAUGCAGUCUUCGAAAUAUCUUUUAUUGGCUUCGUGCAUAGUUUGGAGCGCCGUUAAAAAUGCCUUCUUCCCAAUCAUUAUUGUCAUCUGACAACAUUUCUUUCACCUCAGGUAUUUUCCUGUCCUCGAAAAUGUUGCGUCGUUACCUUGCAAGGCUCACCAAAAGUUCCACUGGGACAUUCAUAUUUGCAAGUGGAACUUGGUUUAUCUUUGUAUGAAGAGACAUUAAAGGUGGACUUAUUAUCAAAA